GCGCGCGGCUCCCGGCAGCCCGCGAGACGCCAGCUGCAAGAAGCGGCGGACGCCUGAGGUGAGAGAGUCCGGCGAGGAUGGAGCCGUCGAAAGUGGAAAAGUUCAGCACCGCCGACAGGGGGAACGGGCUGCGCGCGUUGGCGCGGCUGCGCCCGGGAGAGCUGCUCUUCCGCUCGGAUCCUCUGGCGUACACGGUGUGCAAGGGGAGUCGUGGUGUCGUCUGCGACCGCUGCCUCCUCGGGAAGGAGAAGCUGAUGCGAUGUUCUCAAUGCCGAGUUGCCAAAUACUGUAGUGCCAAGUGUCAGAAAAAAGCUUGGCAGGACCACAAGCGAGAAUGCAAAUGCCUUAAAAGCUGCAAACCCAGAUAUCCUCCCGACUCUGUCCGACUUCUUGGCAGAGUUAUUUUCAAACUUAUGGAAGAAACGCCUUCUGAAUCGGAGAAACUUUACUCAUUUUAUGAUCUGGAAUCAAAUAUGAACAAACUGACAGAAGAGAAGAAGGAGGGCCUCAGGCAGCUUGUAUUGACAUUUCAGCAUUUCAUGAGAGAGGAAAUACAGGAUGCUUCUCAGCUGCCACCGUCUUUUGACAUUUUUGAAGCCUUCGCAAAGGUGAUCUGCAACUCCUUCACCAUCUGUAAUGCAGAGAUGCAGGAAGUUGGUGUUGGCCUGUAUCCCAGUAUGUCUUUGCUCAAUCACAGCUGUGACCCCAACUGUUCGAUUGUGUUCAAUGGGCCCCACCUCUUACUGCGCGCAGUCCGAGACAUUGAGGCGGGAGAGGAGCUCACCAUCUGCUACCUGGAUAUGCUGAUGACCAGUGAGGAGCGCCGGAAGCAGCUGAGGGACCAGUACUGCUUCGAGUGUGACUGUUUCCGGUGUCAAACCCAGGACAAGGAUGCUGACAUGCUGACCGGUGAUGAACAAGUAUGGAAGGAAGUGCAAGAAUCCCUGAAAAAAAUUGAAGAACUGAAGGCACAUUGGAAGUGGGAGCAGGUUCUGGCCAUGUGCCAGACGAUCAUAAGCAGCAAUGCCGAGCGGCUUCCUGACAUCAACAUCUACCAGCUGAAGGUGCUCGACUGCGCCAUGGACGCCUGCAUCAACCUGGGGCUGCUGGAGGAGGCGCUCUUCUACGGCAUGCGGACCAUGGAGCCGUACAGGAUUUUUUUCCCAGGAAGCCACCCUGUCAGAGGUGUGCAAGUCAUGAAAGUUGGCAAACUGCAGUUACACCAAGGCAUGUUUCCCCAGGCGAUGAAGAAUCUGAGGCUGGCUUUUGAUAUUAUGAGAGUGACACAUGGCAGAGAGCACAGCCUGAUUGAAGAUUUGAUCCUACUCUUAGAAGAAUGUGACGCCAACAUCCGAGCAUCCUAAGAGAACCCCAUUCAGGGAGAGACGGCUUAUACCUUUAUUGAAUGCCUUACUGGGGUCACACACUCUGUUAUUUUGUUUGCUGUGUGAACCUCCCCUCUUGGCAAUGCUGUUGUGUGUUUAUGUAGCUAAAUCAAGGCAGACAUAUGGUUUGCACACCAUGAGAAUCCUUAGUUAUAGAGAAACACGAUUAUAAUAAAUAUUAAAAACUUGGUUGAAAAUGCCA